AUGAGCGGAAAUGUUGAAAUCAAAGAAGAGACAGUGGAAAAUGACGAUUUUGUGGUAAGUUUUUAAAAUUUUACUGCAAAAAAAAAGGAUGAUUUUAGAAUUUGUUCUAAAAAAUUGAAAUUGUGCGUUUAAACCGUUUAAAAUAGUGUUCAGAGGUGAAUUCUGCUUUAAAAACGUUGAAGAAUAGGUUAAGCAACUUUUUGUGACUGAAAAAUGCUCAAAAAUUGCAGAUCGACCGUAAUCCGGUGCCGCUGGCGUUUUGUGCCCACCCGACUUCAAAAUCCGCGAAGAAUCAGCUGCAAGCGGGCGAUUCGGACGUAUUGGAGGCGUUUUUGGACGGAAUCGUUCCAAUAAAAAUCGAUAAUCCGUCGGAAAUUCGUCGCGCCGAAUCGCUGAAAUCGUACGGCGGCGAUACGGAAUCCGAAUUCGAAUUCAGCGGCGACGACGAGGAUUUAGAGCAGGAACUGAGAGAUUUACGGGCGGGAAAUGGCGAUUCCGACGAGGAAUUCGAUCGAUUCGUCCGCGUGUCCGCGAAAAUCAUUCAGAAAACGCACCGAGCCGAGUGGGACCACGGAGAUGACGGAAAUGCGAGGAAGACGAACAAGAAAUCGUACAAAACGGUUGGUUUCCUUUUCGAAAAGCUCUAUAAUGAAGCGGGGUAUCUUUGCAGACAAACGUGCACGAAUACGACGAUUUGCCGCCAAUCGAAAGUCUGAGCAUCGAGUGCAAGAGCAGUUUGAUCGAAUUCGGACUCGUCACCAAAAGAGUCGAUUGUGUCGGUUCGUUUUUGAGUUUUUUUGUCAUUUUACACUGAUGUUCACCAAUUUUUUGCAGUCGUCAUCGAAUCCACGUCGACCGAGGUGCUCGAUUUCGAUUCGUUCCUUUUCCGCCAAAACGGAACGGCAAUCGGACAAAUCUACGAUAUUUUCGGGCAGGUCAAGAAUCCGCAGUACGCGAUUCGCUUCAAUUCGCCCACAGAAGUACGGUUUUCGGCCUAAAAUUUAGGGAAAAUUUGAGUUUUGCAGGCGGCGGAGCUGGAAAUCGGCACAAAAGUGUACUAUGCGCCGAACGAGGAGCAAUUCUCGAAAACGCCGUUCAAAGGGUUGGUUUUUUAGACAUUUUGGGGGUUUUCUGAUAAAAAUCAAAUUUUCAGACUAAAUUUGGCGGCGGCCAACCGGGAAGCUCUCAGUACCCUAAAUCGCCGUCUGGAUCAUCAGGAAGCGGUGGCAAAAGCGAUUGCAAAUGGGCAGAAUGCGGAAUGCGUGGGCGGAGGCGACAGCGACAUCGAAUUCAGUGAUGAUGAGGUCGAAAAAGAGUACAAACGCAUCAAAGGUAACUGAAAGCCAAAAACCACUAAAAACCCGAAUUCUCUCUCGCAUUUUCAGGCUCAAAUCCGACUCGUCACGGUGCGGGCGGUCCGAAUUUUGGCGGAAAUCGUGGCGGGCGGAAGCGCGAUCUCCGUGGACGCCAACAAGUUCGAUUUGCCGAUGCACCACGUGGAAUGACUCAACAUUUUGCGCCGCCGAAGCCGUAUCGUCGCGAUUUUGACGUGGAAAUGGCGCCGGCGGCACCGGCACCGGUCCCAGUGGCUCAAAGUGGUCCGGAAGCGCCGCCCGCGCAAUUCGACAACCCGUACGCCGAAUUCGGAUGCUACAGCGGAUUCAACGGACGUUUUGGCAUCUGA